CGUUUUGUUCACACCUGCUGCUGCCUGCUGAUUGUUGAAAAGUCGCCUUCUAAAAACCCUAUCGUACCCGUCUUCUCCAAGCAUAGGAUUCUCAUUCACAAUUGUCUUAUAGCUCCUACUACUCCACAAUCAAACAAUCCCAAAUUCAAUUCACCAAAAAAUCCUUGAAAUCUUACAAAAAGUUAGCAGCAAUACAUGGCGUAUGUGGAUCAUGCGUUCUCCAUAUCAGAUGAUGAUAUAAUGAUGGAAUCGGCCUACACAGUCAACAACAAGCCGCCCAUCAAGGAGAUUUCCCUCGCUGUUUCUCUCCUGGUUUUCGGUUCACUCGGAAUCGUUCUGGGUGUCAUUAUGGCUGUCAAUAAAGUUGGCGGUGACCGCGCCCACGGGCUAUUUUUUGCUGUACUGGGAGGAAUUCUGUUCAUUCCAGGAUUCUAUUAUACACGGAUCGCAUACUACGCGUAUAAGGGUUACAAAGGCUUCUCUUUUGCCAACAUACCUGCUGUAUAGAGUUGCUUGGUGCCUCAAGACCCAAUGUACAGAUAUUCCCAGUCACGAGAUGUUUGUAAAUAAAUAGCCUCUAAGACAGUUUAAAUGCUUUAGUGCAAUUUGUUCCUUCUUUGACAGGCGAAUGAAACUGAAUCUCCACAAAGUUGUUGCUGUUUAUUAGCAUUGUGCAUGUGCGAUAGAUGAAUUUUCUCUUCAUAAACUGUAUGACAUAAUAUUUGUUUUUUCUUGACUUUUGCAGUGAAGUUCUUCUGUUGCUUGUGUGAACUUUUCAUAGAUGUUACUGAUUUUCAUAAACUUUA